GGAAAAGGGGGCGGAGAAGGAAGGAAGAAAGAGGAGCUGGCCCACGAUUUAGCUGCCUUCAGCAUGAAUCCUAGUGACGCGGGGAAAGGAGAUCAGAAGUCCUUUCCCGGCUGCGGCUUCCCCCAUUCGUCCCAUCGGCUAAGAGGGUCUCCCUCGGAGAAGCACAGCCUCGAGGAGAAAUCCGUGAGAGUCAAACGCCGCCGAACCCGACGGGAGCGGAACAGCGUCAAAUUUGGCAGGAACGCCAGUGACCAGGCCCCAGAGCAAAGGGGAAACUGCUGGGGGCUGCAGAAGAGGCUGCCCCCUUUCUGGGGCUCCCAGCUGAGGCUCUGCGCUCAGUCAACUCCCAUCCGUGGGAUCUGUGGGGCGAAACCGGCCGUGAUCAUCACCCAGAACAGGCUUACGCAGCAGCACCAGGGCAUGUUCAACAGAGAGGUGAAAUCUGCUGACAUAGAGCGGCUGUUGAGCCCCAUAGCUGAGCCACAGGUACUGAUGGAGGUGACCCCUGACAACCCCAUGGAGAAGCUAGAGAAAGAACAGGUCCAGCCUCACAAGCCCCAUGAAGCUGCUGCUCACAGAUCUGUUCCCACUGAGCAAUCCGGAUGCGCCGGGAAAGAUCUGGGUGGAGGGAAUAAUGAGGAUCCCCUUUGUGUUAUCCCAGCCUCAGUUGCAGAACCCCAUUGCGGGGCUGGCGUAGGAGCUGCAGAGGCAGAAUCCCAGCUGCUGGUCGCCCCUCUGGUUUUGGGGUUCAGUCCACAGGAUAGUAGAGCUUUUCAGAGCAAUGCCUCCCCUUCCUCCAUGGUUUUGAAUGAGAAGGAGAACGUCCCCCCUGCUCCCCCAGGGUCAGGAACUGAGGCAGCUAAAGGCAGGUCUCUUGUGAAGGAACUGGCCCAAGACCUUCAAAGGCUUCUGGACCUCAAGGCAAAGUUCGCCGGGCGCAAUUUAAUCAGCGAAACACGCCAGGCUGUGUUCAGGGUCCUGCGGGAGCAGAAGAGGACCCUGCCGGAUUUGUCUGCCUUGGCUUCGCUCAAGAAGUUAGCAAGUGGUUGUGACAGAGAAGCCAUCCAUGCAGAUUUCAAGAGCCCAGCUAACAGGGAUCAGGAAGAGUUUUGUCUGGAAUUGAAACCUAGCAAGUGCAGCAGCAGCAGCAGCAGCAGGAACUCUGACCUCGGUGUUUCCCUGAAGAAGAGGAGAGGACAAGAGGAGCCCUUCCUGGCUGGUUUCUCUCCCAGUCCUGGGUAUACAGCAGUGAGAAUGGCAGAAGAGAGACCAGGCCAAGGAGAAAGCUUUGAAAUCUCUAUUGAGCCAGAAGGUAUUGACCAGUACAGCUUCCAUUUGACAACAGUCCAUCCCUAUCCUCAUCUUCAUUCUGCAUCUUCUCAGCACAUGAAUUCACCCAGAAACUCUGAGGAGCAGCUCAGAACAUCUCAGCCCUGGGAACAAGGGUCAGCAGAGGCCUUCUGGGGGCCCAGAGGCAGGCAAGAAAGGGCUGAAGUAGCCACCAAGAGAGCCUUGCCAAAGAAGCAGAUUUCUAGAAGGCAUUGCAUGCCUUUCACUACCCAUGAUCCAUUGGCUUCAUCCAGUCUCACCAUGAACAACAGUGGCUCUGACCCUUUCCUCUUGACAGAGCCUCCGCAGCAUUCCUGUGUCUAUGAACUAAGCCCAGAUGUGUGGUGGUUACGUGGGAUGGAGCCUGUUCCAGUCCACAGCCUUCAUCCUUCCCAGGAAUUGCGCAGUUUUCAGCUGCUGGAUCCAGGGCUCAGGAACACAGAAAGGGCUCCUGCCGAGUCUCAGACCUCCUUUGAUGUCUUAAAGAGCAUUUGGAGUCCAAAACCACCCAGGAAAGGAACCAAGCUUCCUGUGCCCCGACCCCUGGCCUAUCCCCAUUUGGCUCGACAGCUGCCUUCUUCAGGAGAGUUGAAUUUGGACCAAGGGCAGCCAGAAGAGUUUCUCCAGCUGUACAACAUCAUCCCUGAGCAGCACUGCGCCUCCUUCUACAGGCAGAAUCCUCAGCAAGACAUGGUCAUCGCCAGCAGACCUGCUCAGCAUGGAAACGACCUCUUCUCUGUACUGGCAAACCCCAGAAUUUACUGUCAGAAAGUGUCUGUCGAACAAGGGAAACCCUCAGAGAGCUACCCGAUCUGGGGGCUGGCAGAGGCCCCGGAAAGAAGCCAGGGAACCAGGGAGAAGAGCAGCUCUUCCAGGACAGAGAGCCAGGCGGGAGACCUGGAGAGGCUGAUCCAACUCGAAUCGGCCUGGCAGCUGCAAGCUUUCCAGCAGCUCCCAAUGUCCUACUUCCCCCCGUCAGAGGCUCUGGAAGGGAGUGGGAAGACCCCCCUCUGCACCUUGCAGGGGCAUUUGCUGGGACAGGCCAGCCCCGAACCCUGGGCCUUCCCCCGGAUGAAGUUGUACUGAGGGGCACAUGUGGGUGGGCACCUUUUUUGAUGAGAAGCCUUGGGGCAGCCCAUGGAUGCUUAGAUAGGGCAAACAAAAGGAUGGAGGUGGCCACUUGGAAGAGGCAUUUGCUACCUUUAACCUAACAUCCCCUUGGGUUAGGUGGUUUCUUCCUUUUUUUAAUCCCUUAAAGCACAUUUCUUUUGAGCCCAGAAAAGGUUACAGACUUCUCUCUUCUGGGUGGGACAGUCUAUGGAGCAAUGGCUUUCCAAGCCCAGGGUGCAGACUAGUUGUCCAGGAAAGGUAAUGUUGUUACUUGGCUCCAUUAAAUGACCAUAUUUCAAGAACACUGUUUUCCUUUUUACUUAUAAGGGAGUUAAUCCAGGUGAUUUUAAAACAUUUUGCUAAAGCUGGAAAAGAUUUAAUUAUAAACUUUCAGUCUUAAUCAUA